AUGUCCGUGUUGGAGUCGUCGUCCUAUCUGGCCUACCUGCGGGAUGUCGCACGGAGUACCACCAACGCCUCCAUUGUGGCCUCCGUGUCCGCCGCUGCCCGCCCACCGCGUCACCACCACCAUCACCACCAUCGUAGUCCGCAUCACCGUCAUCGUGAGGGAAAGCCGACAUCAGCGCACGUGAACGGCACAAGCGACGUGCCCGACGACACUGACACCUACGCCUACGAAUACGACUACGUGCGGGAGCCGCCUUUAGGUGUUCUGCGGGGUCGCAGCAGUCGCAGCAGCAGCAGCUUUCCCAACGACAGUAAGCCAGGGCGUGCACGCGAAAGCGCUGUUCGGUUGCACGACACGGCGAAACACACCCACACCACCACCACAGCAGCAGCAGCGUCAACUGCGAAUACCAAGGAGAAGGGAAAAGAGCCUCUGCAGACGUCCUUUCAACAGAUGUACGCGGCGUUGCAGGAGAUCGGGCGGCAAGAAAUGGAUGCCGCUGCUACCUCGAGGCAGACUAUACACGGUUGUUAUCGCAGCUCGCCAUCGUCGACGAUGGCGACAGGCAAGCACGGCAAACACCAGCACGAUCGCCGAGUGCAGUUCACGGCCCACGCCUCUUCUCACGGUGCGGCGCCUUCGUCCUGUGGGUGCUUUCAGCAUUCGUGGGAUGCUUCUCCUUUUGCGAUCCGGGUUCCACCGCCGCCUCCAGAUGACAACGGCGAUGGCGAAAGGGAAGUCCAAAGGGGAGCCCGAACGUUGAAAUCCACGCAAUCGGCCGGCAUUGCGUGCAGCACAGCUGUGAUGUCAGGGGCGAAAGUGUUAGCGAGCACGGACACCUCCGCCCUCACCUCCAGUCCGACGAAGCUAACGUCGUCGUCGUCGUCAUCUGACACCUCCUCCUGCUUGAUGGCAGGCGCAAGUACACGUUUGUCUCCUUACCAGCAACGGCAUCUGCGCUCUUCCUCCUUCUCCUCCUCCUCUCGGCACGCCGUUCGAUUCACCUGCCCGUAUUGCUGCCGUCGCUGCGACUCGUGUCGGUGUGCUGGGCGUCCCUGUCAGCUUGAGAGCCGCCGCGCAUCACCAAAGCACGCGGCAGACAGACUCAUUCCACUCGCGGCAACACCGUCUCCGCGGUCUCGUCAGCGUUGUCGUGCUGGGCCGGAAGGUGCGCACCUGCAGACGCCACCGCCGCGAUCACGGCAAACGGCUACUUCUCCUUUUGCCGCAAGGACGGACGCAGUGCGGCUGCAGUGGCCGAAUCAGCCGGAGGUGCACGAGUCCCACAUUGUGCCUGCCUCCUCCGCUCGAGCGGCCUCUCCAAUUCGCCAGCAUCGACACCGUGUUCCGCACGGCCGCAACACAAGAGAAGCGGAAAUGGUAGAGAAGGAGAAUGAGGAAGGGAAAGCCAGCGCGCGGAAGAAGGAAGAGGCGGUGCUACGUGAGGUAGCGCAGCGGCUGUGCACGUGUUACUGGGCUGACUUCCCAGAUGUGACGAUGGCCAUCAACCCCGCCUCGCACGCUACCGCGUGCGCGUAUCAGGCCCAGCACGCCCUAUACGAUGAGCUGAUGGAGCGCGUAAACGAUAGCGAUGGUGCGGAAGAGGAUGCCGCGCCGUCGAGCACGACUCACGCAUCGGCGUUACGCAGCCCACACUCGAGCCAGGAGGUCGGUGCAGCCCAACGAGCGCGCGGUGCCGCUGCCCCCUCCGCUGACGACGCCGUCAGCAGCGCCGUCGCCCACCGACAAGAGCACGCGUCAUUGCAUCAUCAUCCGCAGCACCAGCAGCAGCAGCGGAGGCGUUGGCUGGCAGAAGAGGCAGCGGCUGCGAAGGAAAACAUGCAGGGCCGCGCUGCUGUGAUAGGCACCAGCCAGCGGCGCACCUACAUGGAGGAAAUCAUGGCCGCUGCUCGUGAUGCGCCGUCCCCUGCAAAGGCAGCAGCUGCAGCUACAGCAACGACGACAGCUCGCACGAAAGACAAGUCACCAUCGCCGCCACAGCAGCAGCAGCAGCAGACAUCACCAAAAGACGGCCCGUCGCCUUCGCCGACCAGCAUUGUGGAUGUUACGGUGACACCCACCACAACAUCAGAGGCGGCAGCACCGCCGCCGCCCCCGCCUCUCCUACCAGAACCCUCAGCGCCCCCUACAUCCAAUUCGCCGAGUGAAGCACCGGAGGAGGAAGAGAAGGCAGUCGCUGCACCGGCCGAGACCCACAGGGAGCCGCCACUGGCCGCUGAUGAUGGGGUGGAAGCCGGGCAUCGUGACGACGACAAGGCAGAAAGGGCUGACACGACGGACCAACCGACGCCGACACCCACCGCCGACGAGGUCGCUGCGAACAAGGAGGAAGCCGCAACGAACGAAGACGAGGGAGUGGAGGACGCACUCCGCGCCCUCUCGCGUCCGCGCCAGCGGCCGGCCGUUGGCGUGCCCGGCCCUGGCGCCUAUCACGUCGACGUCGCCUACGCGUGGAGCUCCGCGGCGCACGGUGUGCGCGGGGCUGCGAUUCCGAAGGCAGCCCGGAUGCCACUAAUGAAGUCCAUCACCCCCGGCCCUGGUGCGUAUAACCUCUACGACGCCCACCGCGCCAAAGACGUCACGGAGGAUGUGCACCCGGACAAGGAGAAGACGAAGACGGAAGAAGCCGGGGAAAGGGAAGGCAGCGCAGGAGACGCCGCUGCACAGGCAAAGCAGCCGGCGGUGAGGGGAAGCAGCGUGGUCUUUCGCAGCACGAGUGCCCGGCAGUUCCAGCUGCAGUUCGGCUCACCGUAUCAGCGGGACGCAACGUGGGCACAGCGCGCGGCUGCCCUGCCAGGCCCCGGGUCGUACAACAUCGUAGACGGUGACCGCAUCGAUCAAAGCCGCCCCCUCGGCAGCGCGAAGCUCGGCUUCCAAUUCGCCAAGUCGCUCGACGGCGCGCACUUCACUGGUUUUUCGCUAGCCGGAGAAGCGACAGGAACGACAACGGAAGCGGCGGCGGCGGCGGCGGUGUCGUCCACGAAGACAGAAGGCGCGGUUGGCGUCCCGUUUGUAGAUAAGCCGCGAGGAAGGGCUACCGCGGCUUUCGUUGUACCGUGGAGGGACUGGGCUGGUGGGGCCUACAUCGGCACCUCCACCGCCGACUUCUGGGCGCACCCUUCACUCGCGGGUGGUGGUCGCCGUGUCCUGCCCCGACGUGAAGGGGUGGAGGUGGUGAAGGAGGAAGCGGCAGGGGACGUCUUUUCGAUGGACGGCGAGGCGGCCGCGGCGGACGCCGCGCGGAGGAGAGAGGGUGGUGUGUGGCACGGCGUCGGCAGUGGUGUCGCGUUACGACUCACGAGCUUGCGCUUCCCUGGGCGGAAUCCUUCACCGCCACCUCCGUCUUUCCCUCCCGCUGCCACCACCCUCUCAAGCACCGGAGGAGCAGCGGACAACAAUGCCGGCGGCGCAGGCGACGCGGAACCCGGCCCCGGGAGCUACGAGACGGCGGCGGCGCUGCGCUUCACACAAAGACGUGCGCCGGCGGUGUCCAUGACCUUCAAGCACGACCGCGGACCGCGCGGACCUCUGCAGUCGACCACCGCCGCUGCUGCUGCUGCGAGUGGUGUCGACGGCAGUGGCAGUAAUAAUGAAGGAAGGAGUGCUGCGCUGCCCGGCCCUGGUACCUACGACGUCGUGGUGAGUGAUGCGUGGGGUCCGCGGCGCAGCCCGCAGUGGUCGUUUGGAACUGCCACUCGCAUGCCUUACCAAUGUGCGUCUUCACCAGCAGCACUAGCAGGAGCGGCUGCCGCGAUCACAGCUCCUUUUAAAGGUGCUUUCGCUGAUGCCCCGGCCGAAGAGAUGCCUGGCCCGGGUGCGUACAACACCGAGGCGGCCUAUCGCGCCGUGCAGCCGUCUGCCGCAACGGCGGUGAUCGGUUUUGCACCGCGCUUUCCACACGACUCAUCGAGCAGGGACGUCGAAGGCGGUGCUGGGGAGUACGACAGCGAGAACCCUGUCCCCGGUCCUGGAGCGUACGACGUACACGCCGCUUAUGAGAGGCUGCACGGUGGAGGGAAAGGCGGGGCGCUGCCACGGGCAACCACACGGACACGUUACGACGAAGCAGCAGCAGCAGCAGCCGUUCACGAUGAAAAUGGUGACGAGAGACCCGGGCCAGGGACCUACACGCUUCCACCGCUGCCUGCCACGGGUCCUACGGCGAUGCUCGGCACAACCGCCCCCCGCUUUCCGUGGGAGCGCACGGGGCUGGCGAAGGAAAGCGAUGCGUUAGCGGACGAUGCGCCUUUGGGAUUUCUGACAGGCCUCACGCCCGGGCCCGGCGCCUACGACGUGGACGCGGCGGCGCAGCUCGCUCGUCGCCCCGGCACCGUCAUUGGACGGGCCCCGCGGUCUUCUCUCCUCGUCGCCAGUGAGGUGGGUCCUGGUAGCUACAACCUCCCCGCCCUCCCAGCCGGACGCGCCGCGCUGAUGAUGCUGUCGCGCGAUGGCGGCAACGCGCACGCACCGUAUGGGCCGCACGAUACGGAAGAGCCGGGCCCGGGGCUGUACGAUCCUGUUGACGUUCGGGCACCGGCGCCUCGUACCGUCUCCCUCGCCCGCACGAGUGCGCGUUUUGCUGACGUGGCGACGGCAGCGGAGGCGGUGAGCGAAGAUGUCCCGGGCCCGGGUGCGUACGACGUGGAGGUGCACACCGGAGCCCAGGCUGCGCGUACUGGCGGCGGGGGUGGUAAUGCUGCUGCGUUUGGCACGGCAGCGCGCUUUCUACACAACAGUGGCGGUAGCAUGGUCGGGCCCGGCAGCUACGACCCUUAUCUGGCGGACGCAUUCGUCCCCGCCUACAGCUUUCCUCGUGGACCUCGCUUCAGCGAGGGGGGAGACGGCAGCGAUGCGGAUGAUGACGGCGGUGGAGGAGCUGGUGGCCACGUAGGCCCCGGCACCUACCAAAUCGUUGAUCUCAGCCCUCUCGGGCGCAGCGCCAUCAUGGGCACCGCCGCGGCUCGACCGCCUCUCUCGUAUGGCGAACCGGCCGGGUACGUCAACGGGGCCGCUGUGUACAGCAACAGCAACGGUGGCGGGGCAUGGGUACCUGGUCCAGGAGCCUACAGUCCCCAAUACGCGCAGGUGGAGAAGAGCGCGCCGCAGGUGGUGCUGGCGCGCGCGGUGCACAACGACGGCUCCACCGUCGGUCGCGGCGUGAUGUACGGCGACACCGGCUCCGGGUUGGGACCGGGUCAGUACGAUCCACAGUACCCGUCUGACGUCCACCCGUACACGUUUGGCUCCGCGCCGCGGGCAAUGAACAGUGGUAACGGCACUGGUGCGGAUGGGGGAGGUAGCGGAGAGGCACCCGGUCCCGGUGCGUACGAGGUCCGCGUGACGCGUGACGGGCAGCUGCUGGACGGAGGGGGUGCGGGCGCGGCGGGGUACCACUUCGGCACCGCCCCACGGCACGCUGGAGCUGCCGGUCCUGACGGUGCGUCCUUGCCCCGCUCAGGAGCAGAUGGUGAUGAUGUGCCCGGGCCAGGUGCCUACAUGCCGGAGGCGUACACCGCCAUGGGCACAGGAUACAGCGGAGGAGCAGCAGCAGCGAAGAUGGGCACGGCACCACGCAUCUUCCUGACAGAGGAACAAGUCGGUCGUAUGGACGUCCCAGGCCCCGGUGCGUACAUGCCAGAGGCGUACACGGACAUGGGAAGCCGGCAUUUGCUGGGCGGUGGGGCAGCGGUAGCGGCGGCUCCCCGCAUCGGCACGGCGCCGCGUACCCUCGCCGGAGAUGCGGACGCAAACGUGACCGCCACCGGGCCUGGCCCAGGCGCCUACGAACCGAACGUGUACGCUGCCCUUCCCGCCGCACCGUCCAUCACGGUUCCACGCGCAGCAAACCGUGUUGGUGCGGUCACGACCGACACGCCGGGACCAGGGGCGUACGCUCCGGACAACAAUUACCGCUACAACAACAGCAGCAGCAAUGGCAGCCCGGUGAACGACGCGGGCGAGCGGGCGGUGCACUUUGGCGGUGCGGCGCGCUUCCCACAACCAGCCGCGGCGUCGAGCAGCGUUGACGGCGAUGGGUGGGCUACGCCUGCGCCGAAUGCGUACUCGCCGGUGGAUGCGUCGGUGCGAGCAGCCGCACCCGCCCAUCGCUUCGGCACCGCCGCCGCGCACGACGAUGGGCGCGUGUAUGGCAGCGGGGCAUCGAGGGCCGGCGAAGGAGCCGUGUUCCCGUCCACCUCCUCCUUCGCUUUUGCAGCAGCGAUGAGAGACGCCGGUCCCGGCCCUGGUGCUUACGACGCGAACCGUGCCGAUCGGUGGGUACAGAACGGCGGCGGUGGGGCGGCCGCUGCUACUGCGUACCGCUUCGGCACUGCUGCGCGCUUUGCGUCAGCGGGCGGCGCAGACGCAGUGGAUGGCGCCGGUAUCGGUCCAGGCGCGUACGACGUCGCUGGCGGUCUUGCACGCAGCUCGCAGAUGCCGACGUCGGCGUCGUACAGCUUCCCACGGGCGUCGACGCACGGGGCGGCUGCAGAUGAAAAAGGCGAUGGAGGGGCGACUUCAGCAGCAGGAGCUGCGGUGGAUCGUGGCAGCCCCGGCCCCGGUGCGUAUCAGCUGCCGCCAUCAUUCCCGGAGGGCCCGCAGUGGGGCUUCGGUACCGCUCCGAAGCACGUCACGGAAGACGGUGCGGCGUAUCAUGAGGGUACGGCGGAAGCGGCGGGAGUGGGCCCCGGCUCCUAUGCGCUGCCACCGCCUCCGCCUCUUCAUAGCGGCGUCACGGUGCCGCGUGCGCUGACCGAGCACGGCGGCAACGAUCGUACCUUUCCAGGCCCUGGUGCCUACGACGUGGCGGAGGCGUAUGAGAAGUCGAUCGCCGCGGGUGGUACGGCGGCAGGCGGUGUGCGGAUCGGCACCGCACCGCGCUAUCCAGCUGACAGCAGCGCGGAUGGGUCGGGCGCUCGCACCGGACCUGGUCCGGGGUCGUACGCACCGAACAUCGACGCGGCAUCAUCACCGUCUGCUGCAGCAGCAACAGCGGCGGCUCGCACAGGGCCGACGUUUCCGCACGCCGCCCGCAUGCCGGCGGACGCGGAUCGCAAAAACGGACUGGAUAGCGGCACCGCAGCGGCGGUGGGACCGGGUUCCUACGACCUCCCAGGCGGCUUCACGACAGCCGCCGCAUCAUCAGCCGCACGGUUCGGCACAGCCCCCCGCAUGCCUUUUGCUUCCGCGGAAGGAGCAGGGGCGGGGCAUCAGACGGGAGAAGGCGUCGGGCCGGGCAGCUACGUGAUUGACCGCGCUGACACGCAGGUGCUGCCGCGCGCUCCGGCCCAUCGCAUCAUCGCUGCGCGAGACAACGGCCGGGACAUCAUCGCGUCCGCCGCCGCAGCAGGGGCGUUGCCAGGCCCUGGAAGCUACGACGUGCCCGUCGAGGUGCAACAGCACGCACGUGCGGCGCUGCUGCUUGGACGAUCCACCAACAACGCCGACGCGGCGGCGGCGGCGAUGUGGCAUCAGACCCCCGGCGUGGGCUACUACGAUCUAACACACUUGGACGGCAGCAUCGCCACCGCAACGGCGGCGGCCCAUCGCUUUGGCACCGCGCCCACGCACCGGCUGCCUCCCACCUCCAAGAGUGUCUACGACGACAACGACGGUGUUCGAGAGUACGGUGGUGCAGCAACGCCCGGCCCUGGUGCGUACGACAGCGCAGCUGCGUUUCACGCGACGCAGACACGCGGCUCGGCCGGUGGCUUCACCAUGCCAGGCCGGCCGGUGAAUCGGGAGUGGGAGAGGCGGGGCGAAGCGCCUGGGCCAGGCGCCUACGAUAUCACCACUAACACGGAGCGCGGCGCGUCGCCGUCGCACGGCUUCGGCACGGCUCCUCGUAUGCCCGCGGUGGGCAGCAGCGCACGCGAAGGAGGGCACUCCGUCGGCCCGGGUGCGUAUGACACGGAAAGCUUUCAGCAGAGUGCGAGCCCGAGCUUCACGAUCCCGCGCGGGCCGCGUCCUGCACUGCGCGCCGGCGACGUGGACGCGUCUCCGAUGGUGGGGCCCGGCAGCUACACGCCGGCUGACGGGUUCACGAAAGGCAAAGGUGCUGCCGCAGCGGUGCCGACCAUAGGACAGGCGCCGCGUGUGUGGAGUACAGGGAACGUGGACACACCGGGUCCUGGCAGCUACGACCUUCCGCACGUGACCAACUCCUCCGGCCCAGCAGCAGCAGCGGCGACCUUUGGCACCUCACAGAGGCCUGACCCGACAGCAGGGCGGUGCGACACGCCGGGCCCCGGCGCCUACUUUGACGCGAGCGGGCUCACGUCAGGGCCGUCUGGACCGUCCUUCAGCUCCGCCGGGCGGGAUGACCGGGCAUUCAAUGACAACCCCGGACCCGGCGCCUACGACGGCGCGUACUCCGCUUUUGGUGCUGCGCAGCCCCGCGGGAAAGGCCCUUUAGCGGCAACCUUCACUUUCGCAGAACGUGCGAGCCCGGUCUUGAAUGACGGUCCCGGUCCAGGAGCGUACGAUGCGACUCCCUCUGCACCUCGGGGCCCUGCCGCGGGCUUCGGACUUAGCGCACGGCCGAGCCCGAUCCUCCACGACAACCCUGGCCCUGGAACGUACCACAUCCUGUCCUCCGCGCCGGUCGGCCCUGCUCCGAGCUUCGGCCUCGGUGAGCGACCGAGCCCGGUCAUGAACAGCAACCCGGGUCCGGGCGCGUAUUACUCCAUGUACGCCGCUCCUGCUGGUCCGGCGGCGAGCUUUGGUUACGGCGAACGGCCCAGCGUUGUGCCGAACACGAACCCCGGGCCCGGCGCCUAUCACCGCGAGGCGUACGUCGCGCAGCUGACGGGCGCGGUGCCGGCGGGUGUUGGCUUCGGCCGCGCGGAGCGACCGAGCCCCGUGCCAAACAGCCGCUGCAACACCCCCGGACCGGGAACGUACUACCGGGAGAGGUGGACGAUGACGGAGACGAACCCGCCCACCUUUGGCCUGGCGGCGCGGCCGUCGGCGGUGCUGAACACGAACCCCGGCCCCGGCGCCUACGACAACGACGACUACCGGACCGCACGCGUGGACCCGCCACGAGGGGUUCACUUCGGGACAUCGGAGCGGCCGAACGCGGUCCUUAACACCAACCCAGGUCCUGGGACGUACUUCCGAGAGGGUCUGGGGUGGUCCCCGGGCGCGGGGGGGUCCGGCAGGGGCGGCUUUGGAAGGGCGGAACGGGCGAGCCCGGUCCGCGGCGAUACGCCAGGACCCGGCGCGUACUUCCGUGAAGAGACGGAGCCGUCCGCCGCCACGCCGACGCGUGCGGUGUCCUUCGACACGAUCGAGCGGUCAGCACUGCGCUUGCAGGAGAAGAAUCUUCAUCGAGCAACAACGCACCGCCGCGCAACCGACGGGGCGGCCGGCGAUGCCGACGCGGGGCAGGCGCGGCGUGACAGCGCGCUACGAAAGCGCCGGAAGCGACCGACUGCGGCGGACACGCUGCUGAAGCUGGCGAGUGUGGGGUAUCCGCUUGAGCACAAGCCCUAG